GUGCGCGCCAACAGGACUUUCAACUUCCGGCCCCGAGCGGGACUUUAACAAAGCGUUUUUGCGCACAAACUAAACUUAGUGUGACGCGUCCAAGUGUAAUAAAAAGUGCGUUCAAGUCAGUCUGCGGGGGAAAAAUGAAGUUCCAAAUGAGCACUUGACGGCCACUGUGAGGGGACUCGAACCCGCGACCCCGAGUGGUGGGCCGGGCCUCCACGAGCCCACAACGCAGUCCCGUACGUGCCGAUGACGUCACCGGAGUCAGGUCUUUGUGCGCCGUGGGCCCUUUGAAACGCGCCACUUUACCUCGCCGAUAUAAACCCUGGCGGAGGUCGUCAGCUAGGCAGGGAGUGUGCAGCAUGUUUGUGGCUGUAGACAACAGACAAGUUCCAGACAGAGCCCGCGGCUCCUUGGCCAUGCAGACCCUCUGCAGGACCCCCGCCCGCCCGCUGGCCUCCUUCCUGCCGGUGGCCGUCGCCCCCGCCCCUCCUGCGGUCGCACCGGGCCCCGCCGGGCCCAGCCGCAACACCUCCGCCCGCUGGACGGCCAAGCCGCGCUCCGGCCCUCAGAUCCAGAACGUCACGUCGUCCGUGAAGCUGGGCUGCGACCUGGACCUGGAGUUCAUCGCACGCAACUCCUGGAACGUGCAGCACCUGUCCACGGUCUUCAAGUCCCUGGUCAUGAAGAUCAGGAAGCCCCAGACCACGGCCAGGAUCUUCCAGUCGGGCAUCUUGUUCUGCACGGGGGCCAAGAGCGAGGAUGAGUCCAGGGUGGCCGCCAGGAAGUUUGCCUUCAAGGUUCUCAAGCUGGGCUACCCGGUCCGCUUUCUGGACUUCAAGGUUCUCAACAUCGGGGGAACCUGCAAGACCUUCCCCAUCAACCUGGAGGAUCUCUUCCUGGCCCACCAAGACCACUGCAGCUAUGAACCAGAGCUGUUUCCUGCGCUCCAGUACAACUUUCGACCCGGCAUGACAGCCUCCAUCUUUUCUUCAGGGUCCAUCUCGCUGGUUGGGGCCAAAACAGAAGCAGAAUUUUACAGCGCCUUCAAAAGUCUGGACUGCAUCCUGGUCAGCUUCAGAAGGAUGUGAGGCCACCAAGACCCCGUCCAUGGUGUUCCUAGUGUUAGCAUGUAGCAUUAGCAACGUGACAGGCAAACAUGCAGUGGUGGUCAGAAGUGUACGUACACUUUUGACCACCACUGUACAUCAUACAUUUGAAGACACGUGCAAACGCACUCCAAACUGGAGAAUGAUCAAUAUUAUUAUGAUUAGUCAGUUAUUAAUUAUAAUAGUUAUAAUAAGUUAUUAGUUAUAACAAGUUAUUCAUUUGAGGCUCAUAAUCAAGUACAAGUUGCAUUGUAGUUGGAAUGUAAGAGGGAAUAAAGACUCAAAAAAACCAUCUACCACUUCAUGAGAUCACCACUAGAGGUCAGCAGAGUGGAGCAGCCAAGAUUGAUGAUCGACAGGCUCGGGCCCGAGACACUAGGCUCUUAAAGGGACACACACACACACACACACACACACACACACACACACACACACACACACACACACACACACACACACACACACACACACACACGGCAUGCUAUUAUUGGCUCUUUUUUGUUUUGGAAUGUUGUCCAUCAUUCUUCAUCUUUAUGAGAGACAAGAACACACAUGCUUUUAUUUUUUUAGGCAUUCUAAAUCGUAAAUAAACACUAGCAAAAGUCAGCUAACAAUGGAGCUAAUGAGAGUCGCUCUAUUCCACCUGUAAAGCGCUCUAAAAAAACCCUCCUUUAAGGUUUUACACACACUAAGUAUAUAUGUAGUAUCUAGUAACAUACAUAAUGACAUGUCAUAUAUACAUGAUGUAAGUAUGUUGGUAGU